ACUCUUGAAUCAUUUUUCUAGGGUUUUCUUUUUUAAAAAGAGAAAGUUACUUUUACCUUGCGCGAGUUGAUUUGACUAAGGGAUCGUGUAAUGGUUUGGUGUAGAUAUUUUUUAUUUUUGAGAAAUUGGGCAUCUUCAGAACCACUACUUUCUCAUGCAAUGUCCUUAUAGGGUUUUAGACUAAAAGUUGCUCUACCAUUUGAGUAUGUUUGAUUUUAAAUGAAAUUGCUCUAUCAUUUGAUAUGGUUUUCGAAUCUUGGUUAGUUUGAUUUAAUUAAGCUAUCGUGUAAUCUUGUCGGUGAGAAAUCUAGCAUCUUUAGAAUCAUUUCCUUCUCUUUCAACUUCCUUCUAUGAUUUUAGACCACAAAUAAGUACUCUGCUUCAACCAGAUUUUCUGAUCUUUCAUUAUAUGGUUUUGUGCAAUUUGAUCUAAUAGAAUGGUCGUAUGAUACUUUUAGUUUAGACAUUUCUUCUUUCUAAGAAAUCUUACACGUUUAGAACCAUUUCGUUUUCUUCCAACCUUAUUCUAGAGUUUUGUCUCAAAAGUUACUAUAUUGUAAGCAGAUUUUCUAAUUUUGCGUCAUAUGGUGUAUAAUCUCAUGCAAUUGGAUUUAAUUAGGUGGUAUUGUAAUAUAUGGUUGUGCAUAUCUCUUAGCUCCGAGUGAUCUUGCAUCUUAAGAAGCAAUUUCCCACUUUCUAUUGUUCUUCCAGGGUUUUUGCGCACAAGAUGGAUUGGCAAGGGCAGAAGCGUGCGGAGAUCUUGAUGCAGAUCUUACUCCUAGUCUCCGGCAUCGCCGCCUUUGCAAUCGGCUACAUAAUGGGAUCCUUUCAGAUGAUGCUGCUCAUCUAUGCUGGUGGGGUUGUCCUCACCGCACUGGUGACUGUUCCCAAUUGGCCGUUCUUUAAUCGCCAUCCUCUGAAAUGGCUGGAGCCUAGCGAAGCCGAUCGCCACCCAAAGCCUCAGGUGAGUACUACUGCAGGACCGAAGAAGAAGGCGUCCAAGAACAAGUAGCAAAGUAUGUUCUUGAACUGCUAUUAUCAUGAUCUUUCUAGGGUUUCUAUUUUGCUGAUCAGAGAUGUCUCUGAUAGUGGAAUGUUGGGGUUCUUGUUGUUUAUUUUAAGUACUUUUACAGUGAUUAGAAUGACAAUUUUGCCAAUGGAUUAUGGAAUUUGAUAUUCUAACUCAAUGAAACUCCUAAAGUAGUUUUCAUUCUCUUA